AUGCCUGAUCUCAUGCAUCGAGCUACAGAGAAGCUGAAGAUACUGAUGAAAAUGAAGUCGUGGCCUCAAACCCGUUCGAAAAAGAAGGAGCAGGAAAAGCCGCGCCGCUGCUAUCUUAUGGAAUUGCCCACCGAGCUGCUCCUGGAGAUCACCUUACACCUCCCGCUACUUCCGGAGGCCGCUUUUGCGUUGACCUGCAAGCGCAUGUUCGCCAUCUCCGGAGAAACCUUGACCUCAAAAUCCUUACGCUUUGCUCGUGAUUUCGCGCCUUUAUUUCACCACUACCGCAAUGGACACAAUUUUGUCACACCGCGCUGGCAAUUCAUCAACUUGCUGGAGAACACCCGCUGGCGUGCCUGUUCCAAGUGCCUGAAACUCCAUCCACGAGCCGCAUUUCCAGCCCGAGAGUUGAGACGCAAGCCAGAGGCACGCACAUGCAAUGUGGGAGAUCUCGCCGGCAUCGUUGACCUCUGCCCGUGCAAAAAGUUGACAUUCCGGGAUAAGAUGGAUCUCAUAGACCACUUGCGAGUGCGGCAGAUCUCCCUGAAUGCCUUGAAAUCGGAGUUUGGAAAUAUGGUCGAGGAUCGUUAUUGUUGGCAUUCGUGCAAGGAACAGUACGGCUCGACCGAGUUGCACGUAUCCUUGUUCCCAGAGCUCAAUGCAGAAAAUGGAUUGGUCAUUCGUACCGAAUACCAGCUCACAACGGAACCUGGACAAGUGGGCAAGGAGGAAUGCAUGACACCACGCUUUGGGUGCGCUCAUCGAUCCGUCGAUUUGUGGCUCUCAGGAGUCUAUCAGACCACGAUCUGUCGCCUGUUCGAUUCGUUUUGUUCAUCCUGUCAGCGCAUCUCGGUUUGCAGUGCAUGCAAAACGACACUGAAGUGUCCUCGAAAACAGCCAAUCCAAUCCGAGAAGUCAGGCAAAGUCAAGUUUUUAUUCUGGACCCAGCGAUGUCUUGGAGGGACGGGUGCUGUACCCGAUGCGACCUGGGCAGCGCAACGAAUCCAUCCCGCUGAACCCUCGAUCAGUGUGGAAAACUGCAAUGAACUCUGCCCAUGGACGGUGCGGGAACAUCCUGCACUCGAGUUUCCGCCAAGUUUGGGACAAGAGAUUACUGAUCCCGCUAUGGAUAACCAAACCAUGACUCAACUAUAUUCGUCUCUACGCAUGAUUUGA